GCUGGUAUUUUUAGAAUUGUGAAACAGCAAGUUUCUGAGGUAUAAAAUCGAAAAGGUCACCAUUGUCAGAAACUGUUCCUGAGCUUUGAGGAAAUGAGGAAUUUAUCCAACACGGUCAUGUUGGCAGUAGCUGCCGCUGUUCUUCUCCUCAGUUUGGUAUCUGUGAGCCAUUCUGUUCCCCUGGCCUGUGAAGAUCUGCUCCAGCCUUUAGGUCAGCCUCACCUUCGUGGUUUAGAGGGCAGAAGGACGAUGGUUGCCGGCAGCAUUAGCAACCUGACCUUCAUGGAGCUACUGAGAAGCAGAGACAGCGCCACCGCUGAGUUUUCCAGCAACGGCAACGAGAGCAGCCUCUUCUUCAGACGCAGCGGCCGUUCAGAUGGCAACUGUUACUACGCGUCCUACAACAUCACCUUGGAGGGCAGCAGCUUCACCCUGGAUGACAUCAAUAUCACCACGACCUUUGUCCACACCUCCUGUCACGACUGCAUCCUGCUGAAAUUUGAUGUGGAGUCAGGAAAGCGACAACACGUCUAUCUGUUCAGCAAGAGGAGACAGUUGGAGGAGAUGGAGAUUGAAGAGUUCAGAGAUCAGGCGAAGUGUCUGAACAUACCUCCACCUGUCGUGAUGGAUCCCACCAAGGAGGUGUGCCCCGAACAGCACACCACCGAUCACAAAGAGGACAAAACAGAAGCAAAAAGUAAUUGAGUAACGUAUCUUUAAUUGCCGAAAACAUUUUGUUGUGUAGUAAGCAUCUGUUUGCAAAAUUGUUGGCAUUCAAAGAGUCUGUAAAAGAGUUUUACCAUGAAUGGAUCCGUUUCACUUAUGGAUUCACAAUUUCCAAGUUAAGAGUACUUUCAGUGAGGAAAAUGCAUUUAUCUGUGGUUAUGAAUUUGCUUUGUAACUGUAUUUGACUCAUUUUAGAAUAUGUUAUGAUGCUCUUUCACUCCCCACCUUUAUUUCUGGGAUUCUGUUUUGUGCAAAGAAUGUCACUUAAGUAACUGUAGAGGUUCUUAUUAAAAAAUACAAGAAACAG